GUUCUUUUAUGCCGUUUUCAAUGUAUUAAAAGUCAAUUAGAACGUGACAAAAUGAAGCUGCCAGUCAUGUGUCGCACUUGCGAUGCACGUGAAACGGAUAAGCUGUACAAGCUGGCAACGUCCACCAAAAGAUUUCCGGAUAAACAGCUCGCGGACAUUUUGGUCGAAUUGACCCACAUCGAUCUGGAUGAGGCACUGUCGCAACAGCUGCCUCAAUGUCUGUGCGGCAAUUGUGCCCGCAAAUUGAUCGGCGCCUAUUACUACGUGAAGCAGGCGCUGGCCGCCAACGAGCUGCUGAUGCACCAUGUGGAACGAUUGGACGGCGACAAGACGGGCGCCAACGACUGCCUACGGGAGGCGCCCAUGGAGAUGUGCGCCGAGCAGCAUGUGGAGGUCAAGUUGGAAACGGAGGAGGAGGAUGCUGAGAAUGAUAUCACCUGCACAGAACUGCCCGAGUUUACCACAGUACAAAAUGCAAUCGAUGUGGAAUUGGAUGAUGAGCUGGAUGGCAAAAAGACGGCAGAUCCACUCAAUAUGCUCGAACCAGUUAAGCAGGAAGAGGAUGUUGCAGCUAGAGCAACAAAUGCACAGGCACAAGAACUUAAGGCUGACCUGGAUGAGGAAGACUCUCUGGAUGAUUUGCCAUUGCAAGAGCGCGCCAGGAAGUGGAAGCAAACGUCUAAGUUGCACACUCUCAAACGAGCCAUCUUCAAGUGCAAGGAAUGCCCAAAGAACUUCAAGCGCAUCGACCUAUUGAAGCAGCAUGCAUCCCGGGCGCACAAAUCGAAGACGGAUUGGUUGUCGUGCUCCUUUUGCAUACGCAAGUUCAGUCACCGGGAAGCGUUGCAGAUGCACCUCAAGGUGCAUCGCGACUCCAAGCGAUCGGCGAAUCUGGGCGAGAGCAAAAAGGCCAAGGACAUCGAUGUGAACGUAUGCAAGCCGCAUGGCUACAAGCUUAUCGAAUGCAUGAUCUGUCAGAGUCAAUACGAUAAGAUUGCGGACCUGCGACGUCAUCUGGAGCAGCAUCCGGAAAUAGUUGGCUUUGGGGCACGCUCGAAUAUGCAACCACAUGAGCUGGCCGAGCUCUUCUACCCGGAUGCCAAGGGUGUUAGCGAGGAUCAGUUGAAGGCGCUCAUCCGCAAGGAUCUCUCCGCGGGCAUCUAUCAACGUUUCUACUCGAUAACCAAUCAAUCUGGCUACGAAAUUGAUCUGUACAGCUCCGAGACGGAGAGCGAGGCUGAACUGGAUGCCGAGGAGCGAGAUGCGAAUCAGCAGCGCAGCAUACCCAAAGCCAAAUACAGUUGUGAAUUGUGCCACGAGCGCUGCCAGCGCAAAUAUCAGCUGUACGAUCACCAGAGGCAGAUGCACGCCUGGCUGGAGGCGCCACACGUCUGCGGCCGUUGCGAUGCCCGCUUCGUCAGCCUCCAGCUGUUGCGGCAUCACAAUGAGCUACAGUGCAAGAAUGCCCAGAAGCGAUUCCUGUGCCACAGGUGUCCGUUGCGCUUCCGCUGGCGGCACAAUCUCAAGGCUCACAUACGCGAGCAUCGCAUCACAAAUCAAACGUUCGAGUGCAACGAUUGCAAGCGUGUCUUUGACAAGAAGAAGUCGCUGACGGUGCACAUGCUCAGUGUGCAUGCCGAGGAAUCCAAACUGAUACCCUGCCAAUGGUGCACGCGCAAAUUCUAUCGUCGCGAUUACCUGGUUAAGCAUCUGAAGCGUCAUGGGAUACGGGAGCAAGAUAUACCGCUGGCCGAGACACUUAUUGCGGCCACAUCAAAACCGAAUGGCGCCAAACGGAUCACGUGCAAAAUAUGCAAUCUGCACUUUGAGCGCAUCAGCGAUCUGCGCUCGCACAUUCAGCUGGAACUGAAGUUGGCCCUCUCCAUGCACCAGAACUAUGAUUCGCCGCACAACUACUCGAUCACAAACGAAUCGGGCUAUGAACUGCAGCUGGGCGACUCCGAAACGGAGGAUGAGCUGCACAUGCAGUCGGCAUCCUCGCCACCAAGUCCACGCUCCGUCUACAUCUGUGAACUGUGCAAAGUGCAAUGCAAACGCAAAUUCGAAAUGAUUCAGCAUCAGCGUGCGAUGCAUCGCUUCGACAAGAUGCCGUACGAGUGCGAACUGUGCAUCUUCAAGUGUGUCUGCAAGAGCAUCAUGGAGCAGCACCGGCAAUCGCAGUGCCACAGCACGGCGAAGCAGUUGUCGUGUGGCAAAUGCAGUUACAAAUUCAUGUGGCCGGAGAAUCUGCAACAACACAUGAUGCUGCAACAUGGCAGCAUCGCUGACAGCACCAGCCCAGCGGAACCAGGCGCAACUAACGCCAAUCACAUUCCAGCCAUUCCAGCGGAUCCUCCUGCAGAUAGUGUCCAGCUGUUGCAGUGUCCGCACUGCGAUCGCACGUAUCAAAUGAAGUCGCGGCUCAACAAUCACAUACGGGACGUGCACAUCAAUGGGGAUCGCAAGCGGAAGGAGGCAGUCAAGAAGUUCCUGUGCUCGCUGUGCGGCCGGGAAACGCAAUCGGCUGCCACAUUGGUCACGCAUAUGCGUCGCCACACCGGCGAGAAGCCCUUCAAGUGCGAUCUGUGCGAAAUGGCCUUUCCACGACACUCGGAAAUGAUAUCGCAUCGACGCAUGCAUACGGGCGAGAAGCCCUUCCAUUGCACCGUCUGUGGGAAGGAUUUCGCACGAUCCGACAAGCUGAAGCGGCACAUGCUCACGCACAGUGGACUGAAGCCAUACAAGUGCACCUACUGCGACAAGAGCUAUCGCCAGGCCAAGGAUCUGAAGCUGCAUCUCCAGCAGCACACCGGCGAGUGCACAUUCGUCUGCGGCACUUGCGGCGAACGCUUCAUUCAGGGCACAGCGCUGGAGAAGCAUCGCAUGAUGCGGCGCCAUUUCGACGAGGUCGAGGAGCGUGCCACAAGCACACUAACUGCAUAGGCCGAUUACCUUUAGCUAGAAUAUAGUAAUAUAUAAUUUAAAUACAAAAUAUAUAUAUAUAUAAAUGCUCAUAUUAACAGACUUACGUCUUCCAUGUGAAGAAAAUCUAUAAACUAAUAUUUUUGUUCUUAUUUUUUAUGAGGGAGGAGCUGCUGUCAAAAGUUCGCGACAUAUUUAAUUAAUUAUUAUUAACUAUAAUUUACUGGUAACUUGUUGAUCUAUUUACACACUUAUUUAAUCUUUUGUGAGAAACAUUUUCGGUUAUGAGAGCAAAUGUUUAUUAAAAGGGAUAAAAAGCAAUUGAAAAACAAAA